AUGGCUUACAUAAAGUUUGGCUGGGAGAUUUUUCGUUGCGGAUCACCAUCACUCCCAAACGGUACUGUUACCCAUCUCAACGACCAUGUCUGCCUCGAGUUCAGCGAAGACCGACUCGACUGGCCUUCAGCUCAGGCGAGAUGCCAGCAAAACAUGGGUAUCCUCGUGACCAUCCGCGACAUCGAAGCACAGCAGACGAUCAGGGCGACGUUGAUGGACUUCGUCGAUGAUGGGAACACGGAUCGUUUUUGGAUCGGGGCAGAAGAACGUCGGAGCAGCGUGGCGCAGGCGACGAGGAACUGGCAAUGGGUGGAUGGUUCGUUGGUCGAAGAUGUCUUUUGGGGGAAUGACGAGCCAACAUCGGCCACGGGAUCGUCCUCCAGAGGCGAGUGCGUUGAUCUCGAUCCGACCACGGAGUACAGCUGGAACGAUAACGACUGCAGCUGGGAAGAGAGAUACAUUCGUCAAUUCGGUGUCAGUGGAGUUUGCGAUGACCCGGGGGAACCUUUGCACGGUAGCCGGGCGCUCUUGGCCUGUGACCAAACCGGUGCGCAAGGUGACGUCAUCUUCGUCGCGGGUCCCUGUUGUUUGAUCACAUUCGAGUGUGACCGCGGGUUCCGAUUAGUCGGAGAAAGUUCGUCGACCUGUCUCGAUUCGGGAAGAUGGAGCAACGAGCUGCCAAUCUGUGAACGAAGGCAAUGUCCGGCUUCUCCCCCAUCAGAGCAUUUUGAGGCCAAGUUUUCGAUUUUUUACCGCGGUGUGGCGGUGUACCGCUAUCCGACCGCUUCGUACGUGGUAGAAGUGGAGGUAUUCUCUUAUUGCCUUCAUAACAACGUCUGGAGCAUUCCAAAUCGUGUUUGUGAACUUUUCAGUACUAUGUCCGUGACAACAGAACCGCUUCUUACACCAGAUUGGACGUUCAUCGGCAUCGUCGGUGCCCUCGGCAUCCUCUUGUUCAUCGCCAUCCUGAUCAUCAUCAUCCUCGCCGCGGUCAGGAACAACUACCUGAACAGACGCCGGAAGUACAUCCGACCGCUGCUCCACGCGACCACAACUAGCCGAAACCGCCGCAGCAUGGAGAACGCUUACUACUCCAUCCGGAAGCCGAUGCCAUCACCGCCCGAGGAGCGAAGCGGUCACAACGUGGAGCUGAAACAGGUGAAGCGGUUGAGCGACGCCGGCGAACAUGCAAUCUCGGUUGCGCAGCAUAGUCUGACGUACGACAAGAGCGAGGCGGCGCUAACUGACGAUGAUUAUUUGGAGCCUAUUAGAGUGCCGUACCACGAGAGUGGAAGAAAUUCGCCGCGGUUGUCGAGCGGUGAGUACGUGAAUCCGAUGAGUCCACGAAGUGAGACUUACGAUGAAGUCGAUGAUGACGUCCUUGCUGAUGAUAAAACGGUUGAAGAUGAUGACAGGCUUCUCAACAAUUACAUCAUCUUACUCCAGGAUGAUGACGACAAUAGCGAAGCAGGGAAGAAUGUCGACGGUGUUACCGCAUCGAAAGAGAACGACGCCGUGAAUGAGAAGAACGUUGAUUCUAGCGUUGGAAGGGACAAUGAAGAAAUGAACGAAAAGGACAAUGCCACGGCUAACGAAAUGGACGAGACAACAAAUAAAACAGUAACAUCCGAUACUAGUACUUUACCAACCAACGGAUUACAAAUGCCAGUACUGGGUUACUCUAAAGAAGGAUUUGGAUCGACUGUUGAGUUGUGAAAUGAAUAACCGUUUAUGUUAAAAUCAUUUCUUAAAGGGUAUGAUAUGCUGUCAAAUCUAUAUCAU